GUUGGUCGUUUCAGCGUUAAUUUGAAAUUGUUUUAAAAGUCAGAGCUUAAGUUGUUGGUUCAGCAAUGUCCUCCCGCGUAGAACAAGUCCUGGUGGCGGGUGCCAUUCUGUGCUGCCUGAUGGCCUCCAUGGCCUGGGCCGCUGAGGAGGAGGAACAGCAAGAAGUUGCAGAGGGCCGAACCUUCGGUCACCACUUCCUAAAACGGCUCAGCUUCGCCACCGUUCCCGCAGCGUUCGUCAUUGGAGUCAUUACGACGCUGCUGUCGGCGUUAACGAUCGUCUCGAUGAAGGGAUUGGGUGUUGGGGUCAUCCUUCUAGUGCUUGCCGUUUCGCAAAUUCUAGCAAGAAGCUUCCCAACGGCCCUCCCACCACCUCCGAUCACCUAUGCCGCCCCCGCUCCGGGACCCCUGCCCUUGGUGUACCACCGGGACUGGUAGAACCCACCAGGGGGCACCUACUAAUCUAACGAUAAGUUAAUUUAUUAUCUAUUUAUUAUAAUUUAUCCCCUCCCCCACGCAAAAAAGCGACGAUCACGAUCGCGUUGAUCGCGGACGUCAGCUGGGUGACGCCAACCCACGUGACUCACGCCGCCCGACAUUCCCUGGAUGGUCCAGGGUUCACGAAUAAACAAACAGUACCGGACAAAUAAAUCUCACUUUCGACUCAUUAACGAUGCAAA